CCUGGAGGCAGGUUUUUUUUGUUGUUUUUUUUUUUUAAAUCCAGCAAGUGUCAGAUAAUUGGAAGGGUGGAGUAAGGCUGUAAACCACAACACGCCUUUGUCAGGACUUGUUCAGGAGCAAAGCACUGAAAGAAACAAGGGGGAGAGGGGAAGCGAACAUUUCUGGAGGAUCACUCAGCUUUAACACACCUUGGCUGGGUCCGGAUAAAAAAAAAAGUGGGCACUGCAAACCUGUCGAAGAAAACAUCAAGGGAAGAAAGAGGGGGAUUUAGUCGGAGUCCUUUCCAGUUCCAUCAAAAUCGCAAGCCAGCAGGGAAGUCACCUACAGCCGCACGAGGACUUCUGCGGGCCCUAGACGCUUUUGCCUCUGGGGAGCCACUCCUCCACUAAGGAAAAAGCCUUAGAAAAAACAGGUGGUGAUGGGAUGGACGGAACCAAGAAAAACAAGCGAGAUGGCGCGGAAGUCACUGAAAGAAUUAUCACUGAAACGGUAACUACAAGACUUACAUCCUUACCACCAAAAGGAGGGACCAGCAAUGGCUAUGCCAAAACGGGCUCUCUUGGUGGAGGGGGCCGGCUGGAGAAGCAGAGCCUGAGCCACGGCAGCAGCAGUUACAUAAACUCCAGUGGAAGCUUGCGAGGCAACACGUCCACCUCCAGUUACCGGAGGGCUCACUCCCCCGCCUCCACCCUACCCAACUCGCCAGGCUCAACCUUCGAGAGGAAAACCCACGUUGCUCGCCACGGAAUGUACGAAGGGAGUUCCAGUGGCAACUCUUCCCCGGAGUACCCUCGGAAGGAGUUCGCAUCUUCUGCCACCAGAGGACGGAGCCAAACUCGAGAGAGUGAAAUUCGAGUUCGGCUGCAGAGUGCGUCGCCUUCUACCAGAUGGACAGAGUUGGAUGAUGUCAAGCGUCUGCUCAAGGGCAGCCGAUCGGCAAGUGCCAGCCCCACCCGGAACUCGUCCAACACUCUCCCCAUCCCCAAGAAAGGCACCGUGGAGACCAAAGUCAUGACAGCCACCUCCCAGUCAGUGUCGGGCACCUACGACACCACCAUCCUGGAUGCCAACCUGCCCUCCCAUCUGUGGUCCUCCACCUUGCCGGCGGGGUCCUCCACGGGGACCUAUCACAACAACGUGACGGCCCAGAGCUCCUCCCUGCUCAACACCAACGCCUACUCAGCAGGCUCAGUCUUUGGAGUCCCAAACAACUUGGCCCCCUGCUCCCCAACCCUGCAGCCUGGACUCAGCUCCUGCUCCUCAGUGUUUGGAAUGCAGAACAAUCUGGCCUCCAGCUCAGCUGCUCUGUCCCAUGGCACAGCCGCCACUUCAACAGCACAUGGUGUGAAGAAAAAUGUGUCCCAGAGCCCCGCUGUUGUGAGCACUGGCGUGUCCACCACCUCUACCACCUGCACCACCAAUGUCCAAAGUGAUGACCUCUUGCACAAGGACUGCAAGUUCCUGAUCCUGGAGAAAGACAAUGUGCCUUCCAAGAAGGAGAUGGAGCUGCUGAUCAUGACCAAGGACAGUGGGAAAGUCUUCACUGCCACCCCCGCCGGCAUUGCUGCAACUUCUUUUUCAGAAGACACCCUGAAAAAAGAAAAGGAGGCUGCCUACACUGCCGACACCUGCCUAAAAGCAGACACGAACGGAGAUGUGAAGGUUGUCUCCACCAAGGGCAAGUCUGCGUCCGCAGAAACCCAUGGCUAUGAGCACCGUGGUGGUGGCGGUGGUGGCGCUGGAGGACUGUGGGGGGCCGCGCCCUCCUGGUGCCCCUGUGGCUCCUGCUGCAGCUGGUGGAAGUGGCUGCUGGGCCUGCUGCUCACCUGGCUCCUGCUCCUGGGGCUGCUCUUUGGCCUCAUCGCUCUGGCAGAGGAGGUGAGGAAGCUGAAAGCCCGUGUGGACGAGCUGGAGAGGAGCCGGGGCGGCGUGCUGUACUAUGAGGACCAGAUGGAAAAGAGCCACAGGGAGCGGCUCCAGGGUGCCACGCCCGGCGAGGGAGUGGGUGCCAGCAGGGCCGGGUCUGUGGGCGGCCUCAGCCAGGAGGAGCUCUGGGUGUUCGUGAGGAACAGGCUGCUGAGGGAGCAGGAGAACGGAAAUCUCCGUGGGAGCCCUGGCCCUAAAGGUGACAUGGGCAGUCAAGGUCCGAAAGGAGACCGAGGCCUUCCUGGGACUCCAGGUAGCCCUGGGCCCUUGGGCCACACUGGUCCAGAAGGACCAAAGGGACAAAAAGGCAGUGUGGGAGAUCCCGGCAUGGAAGGACCCAUGGGCCAGAGAGGGCGAGAAGGCCCCAUGGGACCUCGCGGAGAACCAGGGCCUCCUGGAUUUGGGGAGAAAGGGGACAGAGGAGCUGCUGGCGAACCAGGACUGCAGGGUCCUCCUGGUGUCCCAGGUUCUGUGGGUCCCAAAGGUUCCAAUGGCUCUCCUGGCCCCCAAGGACCCCCAGGCUCUAUGGGCGUCCAAGGGAUCCGAGGUGAAGUGGGACUUCCUGGAGUUAAAGGUGACAAAGGGCCUGCAGGACCUACAGGACCCAAAGGUGACCAGGGUGAGAAAGGACCCCGAGGCCUCACAGGCGAGCCUGGCACAAGAGGUUUGCCCGGGGCUGUGGGAGAACCUGGAGCUAAAGGAGCAAUGGGCCCCGCUGGCCCUGACGGACAGCAAGGUCUAAGAGGUGAACAGGGCCUGACAGGUAUGCCUGGAGCCCGAGGCCCUCCGGGACUUUCUGGAGAUCCAGGAAAGCCAGGUCUCACGGGACCCCCAGGACCUCAGGGACUUCCUGGGUCCCCUGGCCGACAAGGGAAUAGAGGUGAACCAGGCACCCCAGGCAGGAUCAUGACUUCAGAGGGCUCAUCUAUGGUCACUGUCCCAGGACCUCCAGGGCCUCCUGGUGUCAUGGGGCCUCCAGGACCUCCAGGCUCCCCAGGUCCUGCCGGCCCUGCUGGUCUCCCGGGACAGCAAGGCCCGAGAGGGGAACCCGGACUCGCUAGUGAAUUGUCCCUGGGCACUGGCACCUCCAUCUCCGAGCUGAUCUCCUCCCAAGGUGCUGAUUUCCGAGGUCCCCCAGGCCCACCUGGGCCACGUGGACCACCAGGGCCGUCCAUCCCAGGCCCACCGGGACCCCGAGGCCCCCCAGGGGAAGGCUUGCCAGGCCCACCAGGCCUACCAGGAUCUCUCCUGACGGACUCAGAAACCUUCUUCUCUGGCCGCCCAGGCCCACCCGGCCCCCCAGGCCCCAAGGGAGACCAAGGUCCCCCAGGACCCCGAGGACACCAAGGCGAGCAAGGCCUCCCUGGGCUCCUGGCCUCAGAUGCCAGCUCUCUUGGAUUCAACCUGCAGGGACCACCAGGCCCACCCGGUCCACAGGGACCCAAAGGUGACAAAGGUGACCCUGGUAUUCCCGGUGGUCCCUCUCGAGGGGGCUCCUCCAGCACCGUGUACACAUCAGGCCCACCCGGCCCACCAGGGCCUCCAGGGCCUCCGGGCUCCCUCAGGAGCUCCAGCCUGGAGAUCCAGCAGUACAUCUCUGAGUACAUGCAAAGUGACAGCAUCAGGGCCUACCUGUCUGGAGCUCAGGGUCCCCCAGGCCCUCCUGGUCCCCCAGGGCCCGUCACCACCAUCUCAGGCCAGACUUUUCAAUACUCAGAGCUGGCCAGGCACGUUGUGAGCUACUUGCAGGCUUCGGGCUACAGUGUUGGCAUGUCCGCAGCCUCCAUCUCCUCUCAGGACAUCCUGACCCUGCUGCAGCGGGAAGAUGUGCUCCAGUAUCUGCGGCAGUACCUGAGGGGCCCUCAGGGUCCUCCAGGGCCCCCCGGAGCCAGCGGUGAUGGGAUCCUCCUGUCCUCUUUGAACUACUCAGAGCUGAGCAAACACGUCCUCAGCUACAUGUCUAGUACUGGCAUCAGCAUUGGGCUUCCUGGCCCGCCAGGCCCCCCUGGCCUGCCGGGGACAUCUUAUGAGGAGCUGCUGGCCUUGCUCCGAGGGUCUGAAUACAGAGGCAUCAUCGGCCCCCCGGGGCCUCCAGGGCCCCCCGGGACCCCAGGCAGCACAUGGUCCAGCAUCAGCAUGGAGGACCUCUCCUCUUACCUGCAUACUGCUGGCUUGUCAUCCAUCCCAGGCCCACCAGGCCCUCCCGGGCCCCCAGGUCCUCGAGGGCCCCCCGGUGUCUCCUCAGCUCUGGCAACUUAUGCAGCUGAGAACAAUGACAACUUCCGGAGUGAGCUGAUCAGCUACCUCACGAGUCCUGAUGUGCGCAGCUUCAUCGUGGGCCCCCCAGGACCCCCAGGGCCACAGGGCCCCCCUGGAGACAGUCGCCUGGUGUCGCGAGACGGCUCCUACAGUUGGAGUAGCGGCUCUUCCGUCAGACGGGGCUCCUCCUACAGCUCUGCAGUGGGCGCCGGAGGGGCCAACGGAGGCUCCCUGGCAGGUGGCACCUUUGGGGCAGGAGACGGGGGCCCCUACGGCACCGACGUUGGCCCUGGUGCAGGCUAUGGGACGGCAGCAGAAGGGGAUGAGUACGGAGGCCAUGGGGGUGCACUCCGUGCUGGCUUCGAUGGAGACCUGGACUAUGGCGAGCUGGCUCUGCGGGUGUCGGAGAGCUUACAGCGUCAAGGCCUGCUACAAGGGAUGGCGUACACGGUCCAGGGCCCACCUGGCCAGCCUGGGCCCCAAGGGCCCCCCGGCAUCAGCAAGGUCUUCUCUGCCUACAGCAACAUAACCGAGGACCUCAUGGACUUCUUCCGAACAUACGGGGCCAUUCCGGGCCCGCCGGGGCAGAAGGGAGACGUGGGCAACCCCGGACCUAAAGGUGACAGGGGCCCCACUGGACCGCGAGGACCUCCUGGACCGCCUGCCUCUCGGGGGCACAAGGGGGAAAAGGGAGACAAAGGUGACCAAGUCUAUGUGGGGCGGAGGAAGAGAAGCAUCGCCAUCAAGCCAUGAGCCAGCCUUGGCAGAGCAGCCCCGGGCCAAUCCUUGCAAUGUUUACAGGCCCGUGUGUCAGAUUCCCCUCCAGAAGGUAAAGCUGGAGUCUGCCAGUGUCUACUGAGACAAACACCACCUGGCAACUAGGUCUGCACAAAGACAUAGAGAAUUCAGUCAGAGACACAGUCUGAAACAGCUUCAUGGGGUGGCCCUUCAUAGUCGCAACGUUUUAGGAUGAAACUUACUUCCCUACUAUCUAGAUCCAAGUGCCUUGGCUUCUUUACACUUAUUUUGAACCCCAGCCUAGAAAAGCUAGUUACACAAGAGUUGGCUUGGGAGCUCAGGGCUUUGCCUGAAAAAUGGAAGAUGGGGCUUAGGUGCCCUCGUGGAGGGGACACAUGAGGGCAUGCUCCAGGCACAGCCGCAAAGCCAUGUCAUCUCCCUCCCCCGUUCACCCUGCACUCUCCAGUCACACAGACUUGGCUAAGAAGUGAUCUCGAAAUGGAAGGAAUUCAGAAACACACUUCCCCCUGGCUGGGGGUGACUGCGUCCUUAGAAAGUCUGACUGCAGCGCUGACCUGUACCCUCAUCCUAAACUAGACUGCAGCACAUGGCACAGGGGGCAGUGGGCAGGAAGGGAGGGGAGGAGGGAGGAGUUGCAUUUGACGCCGGGAAUACUCCCCCUGCAGCGUCGCCCUCCUGUCCCCGCUUAGGGAAGGGCGUGGGGCUGGGCAGCUGGUUUAUACGUACUUUUCACUGUCUAAAAACAUUUGUAUGUGGUCUCUACGAUGCAAAGUCAUUUCAAGUGUAAAAUUUUCAAUUAAAAACCUUUUUAAUAUGUUUAAUGUGAACAGUCUGACCAAAGAAAGGUUAAAAAAGACAUUCUAGGUUAACUGGGUCUGAUACUUUUAUUACACAUGAGAAAAGAAAACCAGCUAUAUUUUGAGUCAUACUUCUAGCAUUUUAUUUAAUCACUGAAAUGUUUAAAGGUAGCCUGUCUACAGCUAUUAACUCAACCUGGAAAUAUUACAAAGCAUCUGAAGUUCUUUCCUAAGCAAAGAUUUCUUAAAGGUGCAACAAAUGAGCAACAGGACUGUGAUUAAUGUAGUGACUUAUCCUGGGGCAAAUUACAAUGGCAGGCUCCGCAAUAUAUGGACUAUCGAGGCUUCUAUUAAGGAAACGCACAGUAAAAUCAGACACUCAGACUCUGAAGGGGCUGCACUCGGCCAUCUUGUAACUCUCAAUC